AAAAAAAAGCAAAUGCUUGGAAAAGGAAGUGCUUUAUCAGUACAGACACAUAACAUCAUGUGUCAUAGAUUUAUAUGAUUUAUAGCGUUUGCCAUAUUUCUAUGUCUUUGUUGAAAAUACUCAUCUUGUCUGGACUGUGUGUUAUAGACUCUUUGACGCAUUUUUGGAAAGCAGGAAGUGGAGCUACUACCAAUCAAUCCCAUCAUACAGUGCAAAGCGUACACUGUCUGAGAAAAGCCGACUGCACACGAAGAGCUGAAACUGCCGCCUCACCCAUUCAGGACAGGACUGAAGGUAAAUGUAACAGCUAGGUAACUCUUGAGUGUCUCAAUAUCAGGAUGGCUCCGCGAGUGGAUGAUGUCAUGCGCCUGUGCUGUGAAUUAUCAGCUCAUGAUCAGAUCAAGGUGGCAGUGAAAAACUCCACCAAAGGAGCGAUGGUGGCCGGAGGAACUGCCUUUGUGGGCGGGCUGCUCGGUGGACCUCCAGGAAUUGCUGUUGGUGGAGCAGUAGGCGGUUUGUUGGGCAGCUGGCUGACCAGUGGUCAGUUCAGGCCUCUGCCUCAGAUCCUCAUGGAGUUACCACCUACCCAGCAAAAGAAGCUCUGUGAUGACGUUAUGGCUAUCUUGGGCAACCUGGACUGGACAGACGCGGCCCAGCUCAUUGCCCUUGUGAUGGGCAAUGCCACACUUCAGCAGCAGGUCACUGCAGCGUUGCUUAACUAUAUCAAAAAGGAACUCAGAGCAGAGGUGCGUUAUAAAGACUGAGUUAUGGUCACACAUGGACUUUCCAGGAUGUUUAAGCCUGCCAAGCACAACCAGAGUCCUUUACGAACUAUUUUUGUACUUAAUUGGAAGAACUGUGAAUCAUGGAUGCUCAUUUUGAUGACUGUGCCAAAUGGAGCACUUAGCCUUUACUAUCUUCAGAGUGUCUGUCCUUACAGCAGAGGGAGAAGGUAACUAAAUACAUUUACUCAAGAACAGAAUUUGAACUAUUUCAAUUUAAGCUACUUUAUCCUACUACUCUAUGACAAUUCAGAGGCAAACGUUAUACUUGUGCCUCCACUGUUUGGCAGAUUCUGAAUAUUAAUACACAGUAGAGUGCUGCAGGGAUAGAUUUUUUUUGUAGGCAAACCAGGAAGUAAGCAUUACCCUGGUUACAUCGUCAAAAAGCCAAUGGGAUUUUACCACUGGAUUUUGAAUCACUGCAGAAAAUAAACUCUGUCACAAACAAAUGUUAACAAUUGUUCACCAAAUAAACACCACUUAUAUGAUUUUUGAAUCCCAAAUGCAAUCGCAUUCAGUGUUGCCACCACAGCGAUACUUUAAAGCCAUGUUCAAUGUUCUGUAGUCUCAUUUAACCACUUGUUAGCAACCACCUUUUUUAAGACACACAGAAGCUUAAAAAUUCACAAAUGGGGUAUUAACUGACAUAUUUUGUCAUAGAACAACACUUGAAAGUCUCUUAAGCGUGUACUUACCACUGACCUUAUUUCAGGCACUUGAAAAACCCACUGACUUUGAUACUGGGUACUGUAAGUGCAAAAAUGC